AGUAGCUUCGGCCAAUCACGAGUAGCAUAUUUUAUAUUACAUUUAUUUAUAUUAAAAUGUAAUAAUAUUAUGAUCAUAGAAAAUACUAAAUAGUGAUUACACAGUUGAGUUGACAGUACACUGACACUAUUCUGUAAUUCUGAGUCCUUUACUCUGUUGGACCAAUAUUUCUUAAUAAAUUGGAAUUUGAAUCCUGAUUGAUUUAAUGAAAUUUCUGAUUUCAUAUGAAUAAUGUGUAUAUUUCAAUUUAAUACCAAUUGAUUACUUACUACUUCAUAUAUUAAAAUUAAUUUAACAGUCCCCAUCACUUACAUUUUUAAAUUUAAAUAUGUUCGAUCUUUGUUAAGUAGGUAACUUUUGUGUUACUUUAAUUUAUAAUAUACACAAACAUUGUUAUUUAUCUAUACAAUUAUCAUGUUUAUAAAUGGCAUUUAUUUUAUUUGUCUAUACUUGUUGACGAUUUUGCAUACAUUUGAAAGCUCGGAGAUAGUCAUAACAAUUUUGAGUCAACCAAAUGACUAUAAUGUAGAACAAGCACUCAGAUUAAAAAAUAAUAUAUUGAAACAAACAAAAUCAAUUAAAGAUCCACGACUAGGUGGAGUAUAUAUGCUUCAUGAACAAUUUCCAGAACCUGGAAGUUGGACUAUUAUUCCAAUUAUAAAACUAUUGUAUAAAAAUAAUAAAAAUGCAAAGUGGUUUUUGUUUUGUGAAGAAAACGCUUAUGUAAAUUAUGACAAUUUACAAUUACUUUUGAAAGAAAAGAACUCUAGUGAAUCUAUAUGGAUGGGAUAUGGUGUAAAAGAUAAACAUCCCACAAUAAUUCAUCAUUAUGCAUUUGAAGAAAAUGAAAAUGAAAGAGUUACUUACCCUUUGUUUGCUGCAGGAUUUGUUAUAUCUGCUGAGCUAUUAAAAAAUAUUGCCAAUUUAAAUUUAGAAACUUUGGGUUCAGAUUUUUCAAUCGAUGCAUCUUAUGAAUUAGCACUAGUAAUCAAUAAAAAAAUUCAACAUCUACCAUUGAAAUUUUGUUUGAAACUUUCACCAGACUGUAUUGUUCAUCCUUUGUCUGAAAGAAGUGAUUGUACACAUUAUGGAAAGGUGACAAAAGAUUCAAUAUAUUUUGCUGUGAAAACUUGCAGUAAAUUUCAUUCAGAUAGAGUACCAGUAUUACAAUCUACUUGGGGCCGAGAUGCCGUGCAUAUAGAAUACUUUAGCGAUAAACUUGACGAUACAAUACCAACAACUGUAUUAGAUGUACCAAAUACUGAAAGAGGACACUGUCAAAAGACUAUUGCAAUUUUCAAAUACUUAUCUAAAAAACUUUUGUCAAAUAAAGCUGUGAAAUGGAUUGCAUUGACAGAUGAUGAUACUCUUUUGAGUGUUCCUCGGUUAGCAUCAAUAUUGAGCUGUUGGAAUGGUCAGCAAAUUGCACUUGGUCAAAGAUAUGGUUACAAUAUUCGAGGAGAUCCGUCUUUAGGAUACAAUUAUCUAACUGGCGGAGGAGGUAUUAUAUUUAAUGUGGCGCUGGUCCAUAAAUUGACCACUUGCAAAUGUUAUGCAUUUGAUGCACCCGAUGAUAUGGUAUUAGGCAUGUGUUUGAAAGCUUUAAAUGCUACAGUGGUUCAUUCUCCAGUUUUCCAUCAAGCUAGACCACAAGAUUAUGCUGACGAGUAUUUAGAAUCUUAUCCAAUGGUAUCUUUUCAUAAACAUUGGAUGAUUGAUCCAAUAGAAGUUUAUCGUCAUUGGCUUUAUCAAGACUCUUCUUUUGGACAUGACGAGCUUUAAGAGAACCUGAAGUUAGAUUAACAAAAAGAAAAUACAGAGAAAAUUUUAUAUUGCUAUUACCAAAGAGUUCAAAGAAAUAGUAACUUCAGUAAAUGCAAUUGCUUUCAAACAUCUAUUUUAAAUGUCUAACACUUACGGGAUCAAAAACAAUGACAACUGUCAACUAUGGAUAAUUUAAUAAAGAUACAAAAGAGCACAAGACUGUACUUAUAGAAUGGAGUUCAGAAAAAAUUAUAUAAAAGUAUUAUUUACAAUUUACCCGUCCGUUUGAAGCAGCCAGCACUGAAUUAAGUAUAAAAUCUGGAGGCACUAUAGCAUCAGCAAGUGUCACUGCUUCAUUUUUAAGACUGGAACAUAAAUCUAUUAUAGAUCCUUUAACUAUUAUAGAUGCCAGUGGCCCAUUAGCAUAGCCACCUAUUAAAAAAAAAAACAUGUAUUAAUUAUUAUUAAUAAUAAAAAUGUUAAAUAUUCUCAA